AUGACUUACGAUACCACUACCGGUAAAGCGACCAUGUCAUCGGAACUGACUGAAUCAAGUACGUUCGAAUACAACCUUGAAAAUCCUAACUCCAUUUUACCGGCAGUAUUUUCCUUGCAAAUAGAACCAAGAAUGGUGAACAAGCGACAUUUAAUAAACCUUCAUUUUGAAGCUGAUAAUGCUGGUCCGCUGACGCUCGAACCGUGUGAAGUAAAGGAUUUUGAAAAUAUUCAAAGGAUCGUUUUGAAGGGCGCGGAUUCCAUAAACAGUUUAUUUUUUAAAUUCAAAACA